UCCUCCUCCACUACUGAAGACUGGGAGAAAGGUCCAACGCUCACCCUCACAGGCCCCUUGCCGGUCCCUGCCCAGUGCGCUCCGGAGGCUUCCCACCGGUGUCCCCUUGCCCGAGCGCCUCCCCUGCAUGCGUGGCUGCUCCCCCUCGGAGCCCCCUUGCCUGCAGGUCCCCAUCGCGCCCGGCAGCUCCCCACCGGCUCCCCACUAGGAGGCCCCUUGCCGGUCCCUCCCCAGCGCACUCCAGCGGCUUCCCAGUGGCAUCCCCUUGCCCGUGCCCCUCCCCUGCACGCGUGGCUACUUCCCAUCAGAGCCCCCUUGCCUGCAGCCAAGAUCCAGAAGAAAAUCAACCUCCCACGUCACUUGUCUCACCUGUUGAUUCUGCAGCAGUAGUGGGAGAUCAAAAAGGCAGCCAAGAAGCAAUUUUUCAGCCAAGAUCCAGAAGAAAAUCAACCUUCCACGUUACUUCCCUCACAUGUUGAUGCUGCAGCAGUAGUGGGAAAUCCAAAAGGGAGCCAAGAAUUAAUUUUUCUGGUACCAAUUUUGGCGUAGCUUUGCUGAUCGAAAGGAGAAAUUUGGCUACACAAUCAUCUACUGUCAGCUUGCACAGAGGGUAAUGUGAUUUAGAUAUUUUCAGUAACUUUGCAUGCACAUUUAUUAAAUUUUUGGGUGCCUGUGUUAACUUUAUGUUGUGUGCUUGUGAGGGCAUGGCCAAAAUACACAUUUGUUCUUUUGAUGUUGUGUGUUUCUAGAUUCCAUAAUUGAAAGUUGUUGCAUAUCCCAUAAAGGUGAAUGGAUAAAUCAUGGAUCACAAGUGAGGCUAGGUACAGGACCAUUUGUUCACAACUGAAAGUGUUUGCAGUUGUAGUUAUAUUUAUAUUUAACAUAGAAAAUGUAUGUAGGGAGACGGAGGCCUAUGAAAAAGGGUUGAAUUGUUUUCUAGCUUUUGCAUUUAGGCAUUCAGCAGUAGGGAGCAAGAUAUUAUGCCCUUGUCGAAAAUGUGUUAACUCAUUUUGGAGAGAGGCAAGUGAAGUGCGAGAACAUGUGAUAUGUGACGGUUUUCUCAAAGGGUACCAAACAUGGACCUUUCAUGGAGAAUCUGAUUCCUCUUUUAUGAAUGAUGAUGAGUUUGUUGAGCAGCCUUGUGAAGAUGAUGAUAUAUCUGAGUUGAUUAGGGACUUAGCUUAUGGUUUAGAUGAUGGAGGAGCUAUGGAGGAUGACAAGUCUUUUGAGUCACCUAAUGAGGAUGUAGCUACCAUUCGUAAACUAGUAGAAGACAAUAGUCAAGAUUUGUAUCCAGGCUGCAAGAACUACUCAAAACUACGUUUUCUAGUUCGAUUACUUCAUAUCAAACUGAUUGGAGGUUGGACCGAUAGAAGUUUUGAUUUGCUAUUAGAUCUACUUGCUGAUGCAUUGCCUAAGGGUUCAGCACUUCCUAAAAACUUUCAUGAAGCAAAAAAAAAUGGUAAAAUCAGUGGGAGUUGGAUAUACUAGUAUUCAUGCAUGUGAAAAUGAUUGCAUUCUUUUUUGGAGAGAGUAUGAAAAAUCUGAUUGUUGUCCGAAAUGUAAUGUGUCACGCUGGAAGUCUGAAAAGAAGAGCCUAGAUGGGAAACGUGAUUAUAAGGUUCCUAGAAAGGUUCUUCGCUAUUUUCCUAUAAAGAAAAGACUUCAAAGAUUGUUCAUAUCUUCUAGAACUGCAACCCUCACAAGGUGGCAUGAAGAACACCGACUAAAAGAUGGUUUGCUUAGACAUCCCGCUGAUUCCCCUUUGUGGCAGGACUUUGAUCAAAAGCAUUCAGAAUUUGCUGCUGAUAGUCGUAACAUUCGUCUAGCAUUUGCUACUGAUGGUUUCAAUCCGUUUAGCACUAUGAAUGUUACUUAUAGUAUCUGGCCAGGUAUUUUGAUUCCGUUCAACUUUCCACCUUCUAUGUGCAUGAAGGAUUCAAAUUUUAUCAUGUCUGUGUUAAUCCCUGGUCGAUCCUAUGUUGGUAGUGAUAUGGAUGUCUACUUUCAACCACUUGUUUAUGGUCUUCUUGAUAUGUUUGUUAAUGGGGUGAGAACAUAUGAUUCUUCGAAGGGUGAAUACUUUCUUUUGCGUGCUGCAAUACUUUGGACAAUCACGGAUUUUCCUGGUCUAGGCAGUGUGUCUGGGUUUGUCACCUCUGGUGAAGCAGCAUGUCCUGAUUGCCACUCUUUAAUAUGUUCUCUUAGGCUUGGAAAUGGUAGCAAGUCUUGUUACAUGGGACAUCGUAGGUUUUUGCAUCAAGAGCACCCAUUUAGGUUUGAUGUUGAUUCAUUUGGUGGUGAAAUUGAGUCGAGGUCAGCACCUGUUCCUCUUUCCGGUGAUGAAAUUUUGGAAUAUACAAAGAAUAUAAAAACAGUUUAUGGGAAGAAUCCAUCUGGUAAGGCAGCAAAGAAUCAAAGACGCAAGGAAGGGGAGCCUUUAGUGUUUUUGAAAAGGAGGCCUAUUUGGUUCAUUCUUCCAUAUUGGAAGGACUUGAUGGUCCGACAUAAUUUUGAUGCCAUGCACAUAGAAAAAAAUGUGUGUGACAACAUAAUUAACACUUUGCUGAACAUAUCUGGGAAAUCUAAGGAUAAUUUAAAUGCUCGCUUGGAUCUUCAAGCUUUGGGUAUUAGAAAGGACCUUCACCCAGUGGAACUAGAUGAUAAUCAAUUCUAUUUACCUCCUGCACCCUAUUCCAUGAGUCCUGCUGAGAAAAAAACAUUUUGCAAAGUAUUGAAAGGGGUCAAGUUUCCUGAUCGAUAUGCAGCUGAUAUUCAGCAUAAUGUUCUUGUUAGCGAUAAAAAGAUAAUUGGUCUUAACAGUCAUGGUAGCCAUAUUCUUCUACAAGACUUACUGCCACUUGUUGUGCGGAGAGUUCUCCCUGAAGUUAGUGCUGUUUUGAUUCGUUUAAGCAACUUCUUCAAGAAAUUGUACUUGCCUGUUAUACGACUAAGUGACAUGCAAAGGCUACAGUACAAAAUUGCUGAAAUAUUGAGCCUUCUAGAGACUAUUUUUCCUCCAUCCUUUUUUACCAUUAAUGUACAUUUGAUGGUACAUCUUCCUGUACAAGCAAGAAUGGCGGGUCCUGUCCAUUUUCGUAGCAUGUGGCCAGUGGAGAGGUUUCUUAAGAAGUGUAAGGGCUAUGUUCGUACAAAAAGUCAUCCGGAAGGAUCAAUUAUGGAGGGUUCUAUGUUCGAUGAAGCUCUCACACUUUGUUCUCGGUAUUUACAAGAUGAUACUAACUUUAACCAUAGAGUUAGAAAUAAAGAUAGGCUGCAAAGAGAGAUUUCUGUUACCACUCCUUUCUUUCACAACAUUGGUCAAGCAUUGGCAGGGAAGUGUAUUGUCAAUUUAGAUUACAAGACAUGGCUUCAAGCACAUAGAUAUGUUCUUUUCAACUACGCUAAUAUACAACCAUACUUGAACAAGCAUGCUUCAUAUCUCUCAUCAAUUGGUGUUCGAAAUAAGCGUGAGAUCAACAACAUGCAAUAUAAAACCUUUCAUGAGUGGUUCAGAUUGCAUGUUGAGGAAAUGUGUGAGGAUGCCUCCGAAGAGAUCAAAAUUUUGGCCAAAAGACCAAUGAUGAUGGCACAUCAAUAUAAUAGCUACACAAUCAAUGGUCUUAACUUCCAUACCCAGUCCUAUGAUGAGAAUAGGUCUGUCCAAAAUUGUGGCGUAGUUCUAGCUGCUGAGACAACCCACUUUGAAAGAGGUGGUGAUAGUUUCAUGGUAGGAAAAAACAUCUAUUAUGGUAUUAUAAAAGAAAUUAUUGAAUUGAACUAUCACCACAAAGGGAAUAUUGUACUUUUGAAGUGUGAUUGGGUUGAUAACCGAGUACAAAACAAAUGGGUCAAAACAGAUAAAUUUGGGAUCACCACUGUUAACUUCAAGCACUUGUUCAAUACCGGUGACAAGUUAUCAGAUGAACCUUUUAUAUUAGCGUCACAAGCUGCUCAAGUUUUCUAUGUCGCUGACCCAUUUGAUGCUGAGUGGGUUGAUGUAGUUCAGCCAAAACCUCGAGAUUUGUAUGGAAGCGAUGAUCUUGGGAAUGAAAUAAUUGAUGAUGAUAGUGAUUCUAUUAUGAGAAUUUCUGAUCUGAACCCUCAUAUGUCUGAAAAUGUGUUUGUUGGACAUGUUCCCUGUUCUAGAACAGAUAUUGAUGGUAUUAUUGCCAGUGGAGUGAAACAUCGAAAUAAAUCUCGGAAAAAAAAUGUCAAGCGUAGGAGGAAAGAAUAAAGCUGGGCCAUCUAAUGAUUAUGAGGUGCAAAUAUUCGAAAAUAUUGAAAGAAACAAAAAGAGAUUGGCAGCUCUUAACAUCCCUGAUAUAAUCAACAGUUUGGACCAGCAACAUCGCCCUAAGAAAACUUCAAAGAAAAAUCAUGGCACAAGUAUUGCAGCAAGUAAACCUCCAAACUUGCGCCCAAGACCACAAAGAAACAAUUCUCAGUUUGAAAAGGAACCAGUGCUUGAUGAUUUGCAGCCAAUUGGAGAUUUUCUUACAGACAAUGUUGAAGCUAUUCAUAAUGAGGAUACAAGCAAUGGUACAAUAACCAAGAGGGUUGGAAGGAGCAUAACCAAGAUGGACCAUAUAUUCUCAAGGACACCUGAAAUGUCUAAAAUCAAAGUAUCACUCAAUGAAUAUGGCCAGCCUAUUGGUAAAAGUGGUAGGCAAUUCUCUAGUGUUGUUGGAUGUCAUGUUAGGAAGAAGCUGUCCAUUGCAUAUAAGGAUUGGAGGCUUAUUGAUAUUGAAAAGAAGUUGCAGCUAUGGACAGAUAUAAAGAAAUAUUACGAUAUCGAUGAUGAUGCCUUAAACUGGUUUAUGUGUGCUGCUUGGACGAAAUGGAAACAAUUCAAGUCAGAAAUAAAGGAUAAGUAUUUUGAUCCUGAAGUCACCUUAGAGGAAAUUCCAGAGUGUCCAGAUAAGAGAGUGAAUGAUGAUACUUGGCAGAGUGUGUAUGAGUAUUGGAUGUCUUCUGUUUCUAAGGAACGAUCAAAAACUGCCAAAGUAAAUCAGAAACAAGGGAAGUUGCACCAUACAUCUGGUAGUGUCAGCUUUGCAUGUUCAAAGCACGAUUUGGCUGAAAAACUUGGACGCCCCCCACGAAGGGAUGAAGUUUUUGUCAAAACCCAUUUGAGGAAAAAUGGGGUUCCUUCACAGCAGGCAGAACCAAUAAUUAAAGAAAUUGAACAAAUUCUUACAAUCUAUCCGGAAUUAAAGGAUAAUACAAUUCAACAAGGUGACAUACUUGCUCUUGUUUAUGGAGAGAAGGAGCCAAAAGGAUUUGUUCGAGUUUUAGGUUUAGGCCCAACUCCUCAAGAUAUUGGCACUCCGGGAUUGAAGUCCUAUACACCAACUAGACUGCAAAUGGAGAUUAGGGCUCGCAAGAAGGUUGAAAAUGAAAAGACUGCUCUAGAAAAGCAUGUACUUCAGCUGCAGUCCCAAAUUGAGGAAAGGGCAGAAAAAGACCGAGCAAGUGAAGAGCCUGUGUCACACUAUGGUUCUACUACACAUAAAUAUCAGAGCAUGAGGAAUGAUGUGAAUGAUCUGAAUUAUGAAAAUGAGGAAGCUGUUGCCUGUGAAGAUGAGGAAGACCACAUGGUGUGUGAUCAAACUGAUUGGAGGUCAGCAGUGCAGAUUGCAACAACAUCAAGACCUAAUGGCGCUCCUCAGUCUAAACAUGAUGCUCUUGUUGGAAAAGAUGUCAUAUUAUAUGCAAUGCUGAGAUCUGAUCUGCCCGUGGCUAAAGGAACAAUUAUUUCAACUAAACCAGAGACAGUAGUUGGAGGUGAGCCCCUUGGAAGGCAAUAUUGUCAAGUUAUUGUGACUUGUGUGCUGAAACGAGAUGCAAUUCUGCCUCGUCCAUAUGGCAAUAUGGAAACUAUGGCUAAUACCAAGAUGAGAUCGCUUGCAUGGCCAUACAAGAAGCUGAAGAUCACAAACAAGGAAUCAACUUCAGGUCUUUUUGUUGACAAAUGCAUUACUCUCCAUUUCUUCUCAUAUGUUUGGAAUUAUAAACCUUUAUUUUUCCUGGCUGGUAACAUGGAUGAAGCAAUCUGGUGAGAGACAAGAAGGCUACCAUGCAUUUUGUAUUGGAAACUUCGAGUAGAUGAUGUGCAAGGCUGCUAUUUUAUGCAUUAUUUUGUAGAAGACAUGAAAAAUCCAUGCUUUCUUUUGUAACAAAACUAGCUAGUAUUGUAAUGUUGAAUUCAUGUGAGAUUGUCAGAUUAUGUCAAGGAAUUAAGGCAAAUCAUUUGAUGCAUGUUAUUUGUGA